GAAAAAAGAACCAAGGAGCUGCGGUGUAUGUGCUCAAAGCCCUUCAUUAUUUCAAAUUAACAUUCAUUCAUUUUCAUAUCAUCAUAAAUAAUAACAAAAUAUAAUUCAAAUUAAACUUUUCUUAUAUAUAUAUACUAUACUAUACUAUAUAUAUAUAUAGUGUACGCACCUACCUAACUCCUCCUCCUCCAAUUCAUGUUGUGAUUUCAAUUCCAACCAAAAAUAAUGGGGAGGGGAAGAGUGCAGUUGAAGAGGAUUGAGAACAAGAUCAAUAGACAAGUCACUUUUUCAAAGAGAAGGUCUGGUUUGUUGAAGAAAGCACAAGAGAUCUCUGUUCUUUGUGAUGCUGAAGUUGCUCUCAUUAUUUUCUCUACUAAAGGCAAGCUUUUUGAAUACUCCAGCGAUCCUUGUAUGGAAAAAAUUCUUGAACGAUAUGAAAGAUGUUCGUAUAUGGAGAGGCAACUUGUUACAAGUGAGCAGUCACCAAAUGAAAAUUGGGUUCUAGAGCACGCAAAACUCAAGGCUAGGAUGGAAGUGCUUCAGAGAAAUCAAAGGAAUUUUAUGGGAGAAGACUUGGAUGGUUUAGGUCUCAAAGAGCUUCAAAGUUUGGAACAACAACUUGAUUCAGCUCUCAAACAAAUUAGAUCACGGAAGAACCAAGUUAUGUAUGAAUCUAUUUCAGAACUUCAGAAAAAGGAUAAGGCCCUCCAAGAACAUAACAACAUGCUCACCAAGAAGAUAAAGGAAAAAGAGAAGGAACUGCAAAAUAGUGUGGAGGUGACUCCAAUUGAAACACAACCAUUGGAAUCCAUGAAUACUACAGGAUCAGGGUCCCUACAAGCGAAUUGCAAUGAAGAAACAGCAGCACAAACAAGAGGUGGUGCCAUUCUUCCGUCUUGGAUGAUUCGUCCUAUAAAUGAAUAGUAGCAGAAAAAGAUAAUUACGUACAUUUGUAGUAUUGUACCACUUUUCUUUAUUCAAAACCCAAAAACAGCUUGUAGGAAGCCUAUAGAUAUAGUAUAUCAUCGAUAUAGGCAUAUGAUGGUUGAUGACUCACUACCUGCAUUGUAAUUGUGUAAUUAUGUAACAUGUCUGACUCAAUUACAUUGUUGCUGGACCGGCCAUACUAAAUGGUCUCGCUAUAAAUACAAGUCUAUAUAUAUAUAUAUA